GCAGGGGCGGGGCGAGUUAAAGCCACAUUUCCACAUGCUGAGUGUAGUGUGAGAAUACGUUUCCACGACGGUGUUAGCAAAGCAGUACCAGUCUUACUAAGAGUUAGCUGUAAAUUUAGUGAUUUCAGGAGUUAGUUUACGUGCCGAACAACAGAUAAAACUGGGUAGCUGCAUGUUAAUGACAAGUAAACUCGAAAAGUGAAAACAUGGAGUAAAGUAAAGGCUAAAAGCCGCUGAAUAGCCCUGAAGUACAUAGACUCUUAGGAUUUUACGUCUCCACAUUAGGAGCAAUUUACUAACAGUCCCCUAGUACAGAGGAGGCUUGCAGCCAUGGCAGGCAAGGGUCGUGGAGUCGCUGCCUUUACCUUCAACAUUGAGGCUCUGGGCAUCGGCAGGGGCAGCAUGCCAGAAGCCAGGGUGGGGCCCAGCCCGAUGUUUCCAACCACAGACUUUAAACCAGUUCCACUGAAAGCUGGUGAGGAUGAGGACUACAUGUUGGCCUUGAAACAGGAGAUGAGGGGAACAAUGCAACGGCUGCCACAUAACAUAAAGCCUCAAUCCAAUAAAACAGAAGUGGAGAGAUACACGGAACGAUACCUAAAGCAAAGCCAGAUGGAGGAUGAGGAAUGGACUCCAGACUGGAACCUUUUCCCAAAAGAAUUGAUGCCCCAAAAGAAAAAAACGCGUGCUAAAGCAGGCGCAAAGAAGAAAACAGUGAAGAUUCCAUGCAAAGACACACAGGAUAUGCUGAGUAAAUUAGAUGAACUGGCAAAAAAAGACGAUGGGAACCCUGAAAAAUCAGAUGAUGAGACUGAAAAGAAAAAAGGGAAUGAGGAUGAAGAGCAAGAAAUUGAAGAGGAAGAAUAUGAUGAAGAGGAUAUUGAAGAGGAUAACGACUACAUAGAAAGCUAUUUUGACAAUGGCGAAGAUUUUGCUGCAGACAGUGAUGACAAUAUGGAUGGUGAAGCAACAUACUGAAACAGCAUGACUCAACCAUACAAACUCAAGCAAGCGUACACGGUUGUUGAAGUAAACAAUCAUUAUGUGAUUGUUUCUAUUCGUUAAAUAUUGUAGAUACGUUGGAAAUACUCUUCAACAGAGUGAUAUUUUUUGAGAGAGGAGCUUUCCUUAAUGAUUUAUGUAAAUAAAUGCCAAACUAUGUGCACACUGACAAUAAUUUAUUCAAAAUAGAUGUAUUUAUUCUCCAGCCUGUAGCACAUUUCCACAGGUUGAAAGGCACAUACUGUCAACAACACAAAACGCUUUGUCAUAAAAUACCAAGUGAACACGGUGACAAAAUAAAAGGGCUAUAUAACAAAGUCUAAAAUUUCA